UUCUAUCCUAUUGUGAACCGAAUUGUACCAAAGUAACAGUAUACAAAUUAUUAGACAAAGUAUUGCAGGUCACAAGGAAUUGUGUGCUGAGCAAUGUUAUGGGCGGAUCGAGGGCGUCUUCACGUGACAGCAAUCUUCUUCGCUCCCUGCCAAUUUCCUUUUGGUAGUUCUGAAUGUCUUUACAGGGAGUGGACCUAAAAACUGUGUAUUUUUUUACCUUAAGAAGCUGUGAUAGUGGCCAUUGAAGGCCACGACAUGUUGCCGUCAUGAAAAACAAAGCGAAAUAUGGCGUAAUCGAGAAAUGUCCCUCGGCCGUCCCGGUUUUAUGGCGGCAUAAGUUUGGUACACAUUCGUAGCAAAGUGGUAGACAAUUAUUUUUGUAUACAAUAAACAUAUCCUGUUUCCACGAUGACUGACUUGCAGAAGCGUCGAAAUGAACUCGAAAAGACUGUUGGAAACCCAAGGCAUCCUCUGCACAUUGACGGAUUGCUUGAUAGCAUACAGGCUUUGGCAAACGACUGCGAUUUCCCAGCAUUGAGAAAGAACAAGAACUUGGAGAGCUUUCUAUCGCGAUAUGAGAGACCUUCGGUGUUUAUACGUGAUCAUCGCAUGAAACACAGCGAUUUUGAUCUGGUGAAAGUUAUCGGACGAGGGGCAUUUGGCGAAGUACAAUUGGUCAGGCACAAAGAUAGCAAAAAAGUUUAUGCAAUGAAACUUCUGAAUAAAUUCGAGAUGAUCAAGAGAUCUGAUUCUGCUUUCUUCUGGGAAGAACGAGAUAUUAUGGCAUACUGCGACAGUGCGUGGGUAGUUAGGUUACAUUUUGCAUUUCAAGAUGCAAAGUACCUAUACAUGGUGAUGGAUUAUUGUGCAGGAGGAGAUUUGGUGAAUUUGAUGAGCAACUAUGAUGUUCCUGAGUCCUGGGCAAGAUUUUAUACAGCUGAAGUAGUUCUAGCUUUGGAUGCAAUACACUCCAUGGGUUUUAUACACAGGGAUGUUAAACCUGACAAUAUGUUGUUGGACAGUAAAGGUCAUGUCAAAUUGGCAGAUUUUGGAACCUGCAUGAAGAUGGAUAAGGAUGGCAUGGUAAGGUCUGACACAGCAGUUGGAACACCUGAUUAUAUUUCACCUGAGGUCCUCAAAUCUCAAGGUGGUGAAGGCUAUUAUGGCAGAGAAUGUGAUUGGUGGUCAGUUGGAGUUUUCCUGUAUGAAAUGCUUGUUGGAGACACACCAUUCUAUGCUGACUCCUUAGUUGGCACAUACAGUAAAAUUAUGGACCAUAAAAACUCUCUGCAGUUUCCAGAUGACAUCGAAAUAUCUCCUAGCGCUAAAAAUUUAAUACAGGCUUUCCUCUGUGACAGGACUGUGCGUAUAGGUCAAAAGGGGGUGGAUGAGAUAAGAAAACAGAGGUUUUUUAAGAACGAACAAUGGACGUGGGAGAAUAUUAGAGAGAUGGUGGCUCCGGUAGUGCCAGAGCUUGUUUCGGACACCGAUACGACGAAUUUUGACGAUAUUGCUGACCCUGAGGGUGGAGAGGAGACGUUUGCUCCCACCAAGGCUUUCGCUGGGAACAAUUUGCCAUUUAUUGGCUUCACGUAUUCUUGUGAUUACGAAUAUUCAAUUGGAAAAGGAAAGGGUGGUUCAGCCGGAAAACCGGUAGAUUCUGUGAUAUCAGACAACAGCACGGGCGGUUUCAAGCAUUUUACGCCCGACCACAUCAGGAAGAAAAUGGACGCUCUCGAUCAACAACUGGCUAAAGAGAAAUCAGCGAAAGACGAGGCGGAAAGUAAUCUAAAAUCCAUCACAGCAAAGUUGGAGAAGAUUUCCAAAGAAUUGGAAUCGGAGGUCGAAGGAAGAAAGAAAGCCGAAACAUCGAAUAGAGAGUUAGAAAGAAACGCAGCCUUGUACAAACAUGAUUUAAGAGAGGCCCAAAGACGAUGUGAGUUUGAAUCAGAAGCCAAGAGAAAGGCCGAAAACAAAGUCCAAGAUCUGCAGAGUCGUUUGGAUACGGACCACGGUGCGAAAGCUGAGAUCAGUUUAGCGCUUCAAAGCGCUCAAACAAAAACAGCCCAGCUUGAGAAAAACGCCUCUGAGCUGCGCGAUAAACUGCAGAUAGAAACAGACGCUGGUUCGAAGACGAAGAAAAAUUAUGCGGAUUUAACCAAGCAAUACACGAUAUUAGAACAUUCAUUUAAAGAACUUCAAGAUAAGCACCGCAUGACCGCUGAAGCCAAAGGAGCGCUAGAGAAAGAAUUAAUUCGUAUCCAAGCAUCGUUGCAAAGCGAACUCAGCACAAAAAAGCAAACAGACUCACAGAAAAUGGAGCUCGAAGCUCAACAUAUGGAAAUGAAGCGAGAGAAUGAAACGUUGCGAAAUAAAAUAGCCGAGGCAACGUUGACGCAGAAUAGACUGGAGCAAGAUGUUGUCGCUCUGAGGAAGGAAAAAGCCAACAUCGAAUAUGACAAGAUUGCUGCGACGCAGAAACUCGACAAGGCCAUCGCAGAAUAUAAAGCUCAGAUCAACAGCUUCCAAGCGGAAAAGAAACGCUUGUCGAUGACCCUUGAUGAGAAGAAAGAACAGGAGAGACACGAACAUGAUAAAGCUUUCCAGACCCUUCAAAAAGAGCGCGAAACCAAAUUGAAGCUGGAUGCGCAGUUGUCUGAAGCGCAGCGAACGAUCGAAGUAUUGACCGUGGAUUAUAAAGACACGAGACAAAAACUGGAACGACUCGAGCAAGAUAAUGAAGCUUUUGUAAAAAAGGUAAAAACGUUGGAAAGUCAACAUGAUACGGAGGUUCUGAAACGAACCGGCCUUCAAGAUGAGAACAAGAAACUCAUGGAUGAGGUCGCUGAUCUCAAUACAAAGGAUAAGCAAAUGUCGAAGGAUUUGAAAGAUCUAAGAGAGGAUAAGAAGAGUUUAGAGGAAUCGUAUUCGAAAUUAAAAAGUUCCAGUGCUAUGGAUGAUUUGCAGAUGAGGGAACUACAAGACCAACUAGAAGCCGAACAAUAUUUCUCGACGUUGUACAAAAGUCAGGUGAAAGAGCUCAAGGAAGAAAUUGAAGAGAAAAUUAAAAAAAUCGAAGAGCUGAAACAAGAAUUGAGUAACCUUCACGAAGACAGAGAAUCUUUGUCGGCGCAGUUGGAGCUUACAACCACCAAAGCGGAGUCGGAACAACUUGCCAGACAAAUUGCUGAAGACGGGUAUUCUGAUUUGGAGAAAGAGAAGACGAUGCUGGAAUUAGAACUGAAAGAUUCUCUAGCGAGGCAUAAAACUGAACUGUCAGAAAAGUUAUCAAGGAUAUCUCAGCUGGAGGAAGCAACCCAGUCAUUUGAGAAGAAAAUAGAAGAUUCCAUUUCAGAACGGGAUAAGCUUUAUGAAGAAAUGAAGAAAAUCUCGGAAGAAUUCGAAAAAGCGAAAAACGAGGAUAAAGAGAAAGAAACGGUGUCGGAUAAAUUCCGUAAAGAAUUUGAACGAGAGAAAAUGAUGAAGAUUGAAGCGAUCAACAAACUCGCGGAGAUCAUGAACAGGAAGGACAUGUCGAAGAAAGAAAGUAAUCGAGGGAACGCCAUGGUUCUUCGUAAGAAAGAGAAGGAAUGUAAAAAACUGCAGCAGGAAUUAACGAGGGAGAAGCAAAAAUACACUGCAAUGGUUAACAGGAAUCAAAUGCAAAUCUCAGAUUAUCAAAACACAAUUCAAGCCGAAAACGAUAGAAUCCAAAAAAUCGAGAUGGAGAGUGAUUCGAAAGACUUACUAAUCGAACAACUGCAGGCUCAGUUGAAGCAAUUAAAACAAGUCGCUGACGUCGUACCUUCGAAUUUGAACAACGCAGAGGAUAUUCCGGGAUCGUUUGCCAAGGAAGGCUGGUUGGCGGUGCCAAAUAGACAAAAUAUUAAGAAAUAUGGCUGGAAGAAACAGUAUGUUAUCAUCAGCAGUCGAAAAAUAUUCUUCUACAACAACGAGGCUGACAAAUCCAGCGCCACGCCUAACAUGAUACUUGAUAUAAGUAAACUUUUUCACGCAAGACCAGUGUCCCAAGGGGAUGUCAUUCGAGCGGAUAAGAAUGAAAUUCCUAGGAUAUUCCAGAUUCUCUACGGUAGCGAGGGAGAAAGUAAACGAAAAACGGAGAACGAACUGCAAGAAGCUCCAGAGGAACGUGGAAAUCUAAUCGUGUACAUGCAACACGAGUUUUUAAUCGUCCAUUAUCACAUGCCGACCACGUGCGAUACAUGCCCUAAACCGCUCUGGCACAUGUUCAAAGCACCUGAUGCUCUUGAAUGUAGAAGAUGUCACAUCAAAUGUCACAAGGACCACGUGGAUAGGGAAGAGGCCUGUGUCAGCGCCUGUCAAGUAACACCCGACAUGUUAACUGCGAAGGAAUUGCUGGUCUUGGCUCCAUCACACGACGAGCAGAAGGAAUGGGUCUCGUAUCUCACGAAGAAGAUCGUCCCCAGGCACAGGCAGUCGCCAAGGAAACAUGGCAAAGAUUCUGAGGAUGGACGGCGGCAUUCAGCGGAGGGCAACAACUUCACCCCGAACGCGAGAACGCCUCAGAGAUCAGCCUCUGUGGCAUCUGGGCACGUUAGAAAGAACUUCUAGCCAUCUCCCUUGAUGACGAAUCAUCCACGACCGCGCGCCAAGUGAAGGACUGUGAAGGACUGUACGCCGCAUUUAUGAGGGGGCUUCAGAUAUGUCUAGGGAUAAUGGGGGAUAUUUGGAACAGAACCGUAUUUUUGUAAAAAUGUAUCCAGAAGAAAGUAAGCACGGGCAGCGUUUCAAUUCACGUAUAUUCUUUAGACACCUAAAAAUAUCGUGUCAGAUUGUUACCUAUCUUUUGGACCUAUGUUUUCUGACUUAUGAACCUUUUGAAUUUGUACCAGUUUUUUUAAAAAAAUCUUGUAUAUAUUUUUCAAUUCGUCCCCCAAACCUAGUUCUACUUUGAAGCCCCCCAGCGGCGUCCUCCAUCGAUCUGAGCCGAGCCACAUUAAAACAGCCAUGAGAGGCGAACAAGCUGACCUUUUUCUGAAGCAUCGUGCUUUUCGCGGAAAUCAAGCUGCUAAUAAUAAUGGGACAUCGGUGUUGAGGUGUUGGAAUAACUUGCAUUAAUAAUAUGUACAGAAAAUAUUUGCUGGUCGAAAUUUAUUUUGGUUAUACACAUCGACCAGAUACACGCUGAUCACGUGUGAUGUCCAUAUUAGGACGGACGUUAUUUUGUAGAAAGUUAUACUAACGCGACACUCAUUGUUGAUUAAAGUUUGUACACAUA